CCGUCGUCGCCGCCGCCUCCUCCUCCUCCGAGCAGCUUGCGCCUCCGACCCUUCGUCUCGAGCUCCACCUCUCCACCACCCCCUUCCACCAUGGCGGACGUCGAUGUCGAGACGGAGGUGGCCGCGGCCGGGCAGCCGAAGAAGAGGACGUUCCGCAAGUACAGCUACCGCGGCGUGGACCUCGACGCGCUCCUCGACAUGUCCACCGACGACCUCGUCCAGCUCUUCCCCGCUCGCGCCCGCAGAAGGUUCCAGAGGGGCCUGAAGAGGAAGCCCAUGGCUCUCAUCAAGAAGCUGCGCAAGGCGAAAAAGGAUGCACCUGCUGGUGAGAAGCCUGAGCCUGUGAGGACUCACCUCAGGAACAUGAUCAUUGUGCCUGAGAUGAUCGGAAGCAUCGUCGGUGUCUACAAUGGCAAGACCUUCAACCAGGUUGAGAUUAAGCCUGAGAUGAUUGGCCACUACCUCGCAGAGUUCUCCAUCUCGUACAAGCCAGUCAAGCACGGUAGGCCCGGUAUUGGUGCCACCCACUCUUCACGGUUUAUCCCUCUCAAAUGAGAGAUCAUGCUCUGCAUCUGUUUGCGCUUCUAGCGUGUAGCUUGUGCCGUCAAACCUGGAACUCCAAAAUACCUUAUUAUUAGUUUGUCUACCGAGCAGUCGCUUUUUGAACUUUUUCCCUGAGAUUUUGAAGUUAUAUCGGGACAUGCUAUUUCUCGGCAAUCAUUCUCAGAUGAACCUACUCGCCCUUGAUUUUUGCUAGCAUGUUCUUAUUCC